UUGGUCAGGAAGAAGGGGUGUGGGGGACGAGCGGGCAGUCCCCAGGUCCCAGCGGUUCGGGGCAAUCAGGCCUGACUUCCGACGCUGGCAGCGUCUCGUGGCAGUUGUCUUAGUGUAUUCCUCCCAGGACCAGCAGGCUUUCCUGUCUAGUUAAUAUGUUGGAAUGAAAUUGAAUUUGCCCUGAAUGGUGCUUAACUAUGCAUUCAACUAUUUAAAACAUCGGCUACUUGCAUACCUGCUUCAGACUGUGGGAGAAAAAAUUCAACAUCUUUACUGAGGAAUUACAAGAUAAAUGAUGGAGUCUCACUUUGUCACCCUCGGUAGAGUGCCAUGGUUUCACAGCUCACAGCAACCUCCAACUCUUGGGUUGAAGAGAUUCUCUUGCCUCAGUCUCCCAAGUAGCUGGAACUACAGUCCACAGUUGUGUGUGAUAGCAAAGAUGGAGGCUGACCUGUCUAGCUUUAACAUUGAUGCCCCCCGUUGGAACCAGUGCACUUUCCUGGGUCGAGUGAAACACUUCUUCAACAUCACAGACCCUCGUACCGUGUUUGUACCAGAACAGGAGCUGGACUGGGCCAAGGCAAUGGUUGAGAAGAGCAGGAUGGGAGUCGUGCCCCCAGGCACCCAAGUGGAACAGCUACUGUAUGCCAAGAAGCUGUAUGACUCAGCCUUCCACCCUGACACUGGGGAGAAGAUGAAUGUCAUUGGGCGCAUGUCCUUCCAGGUCCCUGGCGGCAUGAUCAUCACAGGCUUCAUGCUCCAGUUUUACAGGACAAUGCCGGCAGUGAUUUUCUGGCAGUGGGUGAAUCAGUCCUUCAAUGCCUUAGUCAACUACACCAACAGGAAUGCGGCCUCCCCCACAUCACUCAGGCAGAUGGCCCUUUCCUACUUCACGGCCACAACCACUGCUGUGGCCACGGCUGUGGGCAUGAACAUGUUGACAAAGAGAGCUCCACCCCUGGUGGGUCGCUGGGUGCCCUUUGCUGCUGUGGCUGCAGCUAACUGUGUCAACAUUCCAAUGAUGCGACAGCAGGAACUCAUCCAGGGCAUCUGCGUGAAGGACAGGAAUCACAGUGAGAUUGGCCAUUCCCAGAGAGCUGCGGCCAUAGGCAUCACCCAAGUGGUUAUAUCUCGAAUCACCAUGGCAGCUCCUGGCAUGAUCUUACUGCCAGUAAUCAUGGAGAGGCUGGAGAAGCUGCACUUCAUGCAGAAAGUCAAAGUCCUACAUGCCCCAUUGCAGGUCAUGCUGUCUGGGUGCUUUCUCAUCUUCAUGGUGCCAGUGGCAUGUGGGCUCUUCCCACAGAGAUGUGAAUUGUCAGUUUCCUACCUGGAACCAGAACUCCAAGAUACUAUCAAGGCCAAGUAUGGGGAAUCUGUGCCUUAUGUCUACUUCAACAAGGGUCUCUAAGUGCGCCACCCCAGAAAGGACCAGGCAAUGCCAUAUUCAUCAACUUUUCCAUAGCUGCUGUGCACACUUGUGCCCUCAUUCCUCUUUGCCAACAAGGCCUGAAGGCCAGGGUGAACUGGCGAGAGCGGUGGGAGGAGGCCUCAUGCUUUCACCCAGGUACCUGGUUUGUUUACUGGAUUCCAGAGGAUAAAGAUGGAAAAAGGGAGCAAAACUCAAAAUUUUCUCUCUGCCUAUUCCUUAACCCCUGUCUGAGACCAGAAUCUGAGGCCCUCUCAAGGAGAAGUUGCUGGUAACCUGGGAGAGACACUCAUAUAAAUCAUCUGGAAAAAUUAGGAAAUCUUUAGGAUCUUGGUUCUGCCCAGGUUUGGGGAUGAAGAGAAGCUUCUUCUGGUCUUCCCUCUUCUCUCCCUUCUCUGUUAAGCUAUGGACCUUUUACCCAUGCAGUUCUAGCCUAUCUCAAGGAGAGAAGGGGGGAAUGUGCCUGUGUCUCCUUGGGGCUCAUCUCCACCCUUCCCCACCCUCCUCAUUGCCCUCUGGUCAGACGGCUUCUCUGGGAGUGCUGCUAAACGUAUCAGACACCCAGGAGUUGUUAGUGCUAAAAAAAAAAAAAAAAAAAAGGACACUGCGAGGCAGCAGAGUUACAUGGUCCUUCUAAUCAUGUCUGAAUCUAUUCUUGAGAUCUUCUCUAUAAUAGUAGAAGUUCUCUUCCCUACUACCUCAUAUUUUUGUUUUACAAGAUGAAUCCACUAUCUGUGAGUGAAGAGGAUCUAUGUAGUCAUUAACCACACAUUUUAAAGGGUACCAUUUGCUGGAUGCCUCCCUUCCUCAGUUCAUUAGGUUAAACACCAAAGACUGGUAUGUACUGAAUAGGAAAGGGAAGUUUUAUUUGGACCCUUAUUAGAGGAAAUCAACCAAAAAGAGCCAUAAAGGAUACUCGGCAAAGUACAGCCAGCGCACUUCCCUUCCCCAGCUUGGCUGCUCAAGGUGCUUUCUCAAACUCUUUGCAGGACUGUUGUGGUUUAUCUGGGAUCAAUGCAUAUCACUUUUGUCUGGUAGGAUUUGCUGGCCCUGUUCAAAAGAUAUCAAUGUGAAUUGAAUAUGUCAUAAGAGCACAAAAGAACUGUCUACAAACUAUGUUAAUAAAGCCUGGAUGGAAAGUAGAA